UCCAUCAAUCUCCAUAGCCAUGACCAAACAAACAACCAUCAUCAGUGACUCCAACAACAACACUGCUCCUCCUCCUCCUCCUCCUCCUCCUUCUCCUCCUUCUCCUCAUGUUGUUCUAGUUCCAUUAAUGGCACAAGGACACAUAAUCCCCAUGCUUGACAUGGCACGGCUGCUGGCCGAACGUGGCACCCGCGUCACCUUCAUCACAACCCCAGUGAACGCGUCGCGCAUAAAACCCAUCAUAGUCCGAGUGCACGAGUCCAACCUCCCUAUAGACUUCAUCGAGCUCCCUUUCCCCUGCACCGAAGCUGGCCUACCCCCCGGCUGUGAAAACUGCGACCUCAUCCCUUCUAAUGACCUCUUUCCGACCUUCUUUAGCUCACUCCAACUUCUCGCCCUCCCUCUCGAGCAACGCCUCAAAAAUCUCGUCCCCCGCCCCACCUGCAUGAUCAACGACAUGUUCAACCCGUGGACGGCUAACGUCGCACGUUCACUCAACAUUCGUCGCCUCGUCUUUCAUGGCCCUUCUUGCAUUCACAUCUAUUGUAGUCAUGUUUUUCAUCUGCAUAAGAUUUAUGAGACCGUUACUGAUGAGUUUGAAGAAAUUGCUGUGCCUGGUUUGACUGAUUAUGAUGAUGUUGUUGGUCAGAGUUUUAAGGUUUGUAGAAUGCAUGCACCAGGUUGGUUCACCUCGCCGGGUUAUGAGAAGUUACGUGAGGAGGUUUUACAUGCAGAGGAGACGGCUGAUGGGGUGGUCAUCAACACUUUCGAUGAUGUCGAGCCUAUGUUUGUGGAGGCUUAUAAGAAGGUGGUUGGAAAGGAUGUUUGGACUGUUGGCCCAUUGUGUUUAUAUGAUAAGGAUGAUGAUUUUAGUGCUAGGAUUGUGAGAGGGAACAAGGCUGCAGUGGAUCAAGAGAAGUUGUUAUGUUGGCUUGAUAGUUUUGGGAGUUUGAUUCGGAUGAAUGUCGGGCAGAUAUUGGAGAUUGGGUCAGGACUUGAGGCUUCUGAAGUUCCUUUCAUCUGGGUUAUUAAGGAUGCAGAGAAGUGUCCGAAGGUUGAGGAGUGGUUGGAAGGGUUUGAGCGGAGGAUGAGUUUGAGGAGUUUUGUUAUCAAGGGAUGGGCCCCACAAGCUGUGAUACUCUCGCAUAAGUCUGUUGGUGGUUUUGUUAGUCAUUGUGGAUGGAACUCAACGUUGGAGGCAGCGUCAAAUGGUGUGCCAAUGAUCACUUGGCCGCAGUUUGGAGACCAGUUCUUGAAUGAGAGGUUGGUUGUGGAGUUCCUGAGGAUUGGGAUUGCUAUUGGAGUGAAGAAACCAGUGUUUAAUUAUGGUGAGGAUGAGAUUCCGGUAAGGGAGGGAUGA